CGGACAAUGGGCUUUGAUGGCUCGCGCGGGCCGCGUGCUCCGGGUCGCCCGCCUCUCGUGCUCUCCCUGUAUCUAGUGGGAUUCCUGUUGCAGCAGAAUUGUCUGGGUGCAGAUUUACCUUAGACAUCAUGAGCACUCAUUGGAAUCCCACUAAUUGCAUGAGAUGAUGAUCGUGGUUAACUGCUUCAAAGCAGAUUACUUGGACAGCCCCAACCCCAAUGCGUUAAAAAUCGAAGGAGAUGUGUUCACACUGAAGGACUUGUUUGCUGUAAGUAUGGUAGUUCCAUUGUUAAGUCGACACAUCAAACUUCUUGGAGGAAGCUCAACAAUAGCAGGACUAGUAGGUUCUGUAUAUGGACUGCUGCAACUCUUUUCCAGUACUGUAAUUGGUUCUUGGAGCGAUGUUAUCGGAAGAUGGAAUGUAUUAUUAAUUACACUCAUACUUAGUGGAUUUAGCUACGGUCUACUUGGCAUCUCUAGUAGCAUCCCAUUGCUAAUACUGGCAAGGAUUGCCACUGGUAUUUUUAAACAUACUCAAUCUAUCCUGAAAGCUCUUCUGUCAGACCUGAUUCCUGAACAUGAACGCCCCAAUGUGAUGGGAAGGUUUAGUGCAGCUUCUAGUGUGGGCUUCAUUCUGGGCCCUGUACUUAGUGGAUAUCUUGUUGAGCUGGAUGGAGGCUUCUACACCACUUCCUUCAUUUGCUGCUUCAUUUUCUUUGUAAAUGCAGGCGUUGUCUGGAGGUUACCGUACAAAGCAUGGCUGUAUACUCCAACGAAAGAACUGCACUUAACAACAGAAGUGAAUUGUGAGACCAAGUAUACUACUUCACAAAAGGAAAAAGUUAAAAAUAGCACUACUGAACCAAUGGUUACAACAACCAAUGGAGUAACAAGACACAAAGCAUCAAAUUCUGUCUGGAAUCAGUGUAUGUUGGUGGGAGAAAAUAUAAAAAGAUUAAUUCAUUCUAACCUGUGGGAUGUUUUCCUGAUAAGAUUUCUUAUGGCUCUAGCUAAUCUUCUGUAUUACAGCAAUUUUUUUCUUGCUGUUGAAGAAAGAUUUAACGUGCCACCCAGACUGAUAGGAUAUCUCAUCAGCUACGGUGGAAUAAUUGGAGCCCUAUCAGGUUUGAUAGCUGGCUCUGUCAUCAGAUUCUAUCAUCGCAAAAUGAUCUUAUUGCUGUUACAUUCAGGCAUCCUCACAUGCUGCAUGAUGGUGAUGUACUCUGUUGCAGCUUCCAUACAGGUAGUUGUACUGUGCUCAACCGUUUUAGGGUUUUCAACCACUAUUGGCCGUGUGUGCAUCACUGACAUGGAACUGAGCCAAGGCAGGCAACAGGCUAGAGGGACGAUGAUAGGAGCUGGACAAUCAGUAACUGCUAUUGCACGAAUACUUGCCCCAUUGUUUUCUGGGAUUGUUCAGGAAUUCAGUGUGUGCGGUCCACCAAGACUUGGUGCUGCCUUAGCUUUAAUGGCCAUCCUCCUUAUGGCAUCGAUACAUUCAAAACUCAAUAAACCCACAGAGGCUAAAGUGAAGUUACAUUAAGGGAUUGAAGAACAUAUCAUGAAGUAAUGUGAUCUUUUUGAAAAAAACUGUCAAAAAGAUGUAAUAUUUUGUUUACUUUAUAAAAUUGGAUGAUGUUUUUUAUUCCUUGUUUUCCUUGGUAUAAAACAUUUACUUUUUGGUGCAUUCUACUUCCAUUGAUGCUGGUGUCUCUGCUACCUCUCGGGCAAGAGAUUUGAUAGUGGACGUCAGCAAGCAGUGUUACCAUGAUGGUGAGAACGGAUUAUCGCAAUUAAAAACAAAGUGCUGGAGAAACUCAACAGGUCUGGCAGCAUCUGUGGACAGAAAAACAGAGUCUCAAGUCCAACCUGACUCUUCUUCAACCUGACCUAAUCUUGGCCACAAAUUCUCCACCACUCUCCUUCCUAUUGCCAAGUCCCACUUUAAUUUGAUCAGGAGUGGGGAUGCUUGCUGAUUUUACCCUCUGAAAACUGCAAGUUCUGAAGCUUGUUUUAGUGUCUAAACUAUUGGCUUAACCCAUCAGAAAACUCAACAGAGAGCUGGGAAUCAAACCAUUAAUGUCAUGGUCUUAAUAGCUAAGUUGCACACCGCGUAAGUUUUCUGAGUCACUCAGGGGAGGGGAGAUUCCCCCAGACACAGUGCAAAGACAGACAUGUAAUGCGAGGUAUGGGGGUGCGCUAUGCAAAAAGCCUGUUUCGGUACUCCAGCACUUUGUCCCAGGUGUUUUGAAAAAAAAGAUUAAAGCAAAAAACCCUCCAGCCCACAAUCCUUCACUUUACAAGCCCUGUCCAUGCUAAAUUAUGCCACCACCUUGGUUCCACUUACUCCUGUCGCCCUUUCUCGUUCCUAUGUCAACCUAUUGCCAAACACCCCCCUGGUGUUACACUGCUUGCCAAUUCACCCAGUGUUAACUAUGGGCAGGUAGUGAAAAUAAAUAAUAUUCUUGAGCAUCCAUUGAGCUUUAAAAAAACUUCUCAAUUUCAAUAAUAACUUUUACUACAUUUAACUCCCUUUAACCCUUAUGAAAAUAAGCAUUUGUGUUUUAUAAAAUCUCAGAUCAUAAUCUUUGUAAGCUCAUAGAACUGUCAAACUGUGAACCAGCUGGCAUACCAUUGUGAUAAUGAUUGGUUUUGAAAUCAGUCAUACAGCACUAAUCUAAUGAAGAUCGUCUGGUUUAUGUCAACGGAUAGCGUUUGCUAUUUCACUUCACUUCAGACAGAUUUUUCAAAUAUUUAAGGGGAAAAUUUAAAUCUCUUGACAACUUCCUUGAGAACACCCUUCACAGCACCAAUUAGCUUGACAAUUCCAGUGUGUUUAUCUAUUAAUUAUCCAAAGGAUAUUUACCCUCUCCUAAAGGACACUUGACUUCUUCUCCCAGAGGUGUCUGGGGACCAUAUUCAAAAGGAUAUUUUGUCUGCGUAGGUUUCCUUCGGGUGCUCCAGUUACCUCCCACAAUCUAAAGAUGUGCAGGUUAGGUGAAUUGGCCAUGCUAAAUUGCCCAUAGUGUUCAGGGAUGUGUAGGUUAGAUGCAUUAGUCAGAGGUAAAUAUGGAGUAAUAGGGUAGGGAAAUGGGUCGGUGUGGACUUGUUGGGCCAAAUGGCCUGUUUCCACACUUUAGGGAUUCUAUGAUUGUCUGAUUCUGGUUACCUAAUAACCAAGCCAGCAGUGUGUGCUUUAUAUCACUUUUAUUCGACAGUGGAUGCAUGUGGAUGACUGAUAAAGACAUUCAAAGAGCUUCUGAUAAUCACCCACUGUCCACUAAACUAUAUCUCAGCAAGGGGCAUUGCCUUUAAAAGACAGAAAUUUGCACAAUGAAUAUUUAUUACCUUCUGAUAUAUUUGAAUUUUAUGUAUUGUCUGUACUUACUGUAUUUAUAA